UUUUUUCCUUUGCAUCAACUAUGGAGUUCAUUCCUGAUUUAAUUUCCUCUGAACGUGCCAUGUCUCCCAAGCCGUCAAGCAGUGGAGCCGCCCGCGAGAUUCCGGCCACGCCUCUGAAGCCACGUACUUUUGCCAAACGCCGUGCCCCGGAAGUGGAUGAUGUGAAGCUAAGCCUAGCCAAGAAGUUCAAGGAGCAAGAGGUCAACAAGCAUUCUCGUCACGCCUUUACCCAUGAAGGUGCCAAUGUCUACAAGAUCGGCUUCGAGAAGUGCGUGUACGCCCGUUUCCAAGACGGAGUCUCGGCCAUUGUCAUCGGAGAGUGGAAGAAGCAGAGCGACGACACCUACCGCCGCACCCUGGAAAAGUCCAUCACGGUAAAGAAGCCUGGAUUCAUGCGCUUGUGUGCCUUGAUUAUGAGCGGCAAAGGGGACCUGGACAAGAUCUCCCAGUGCAGCAGCGGGACCGAUGGUAAGCUGACACCACUGUACGCCCUGGAGAAUGGAUUGUACUUUGGAUGGGGACGCUACAACCGUGUCAACACGGCCACCGUGCGUCGUUACACUCUCGGCAACAACGGCGACCUGAUUCCCACCAAAGCUGGCGUUACGUUUGGGUUGAAAACCUACGACGGACUGAAGGAGCUGGUUGUGGACAUGACUCUGCUGAAAGAGCUCCUCACUGUGGAUGAAGCCAACCAUGUGACGAAGACUUUGAAGUCUGCCUUGGCUUAUGACAAGCUGAAAGAAGAAGUGGCCGAAGAGUUUACGGAGCUGAUCCACCAGAUGCGUGGACGUAACGCCAAGAUGGUGUGCGGGAGCGCCAGCGAUGACGAGUGGGCAGCGGCUGAGAAGGCCAUUUUGGAGUCGCGCUACGUGGAGGCUGUGUUGUUGGAAGCUGACCAAGUGGACGUUGGGCAAGUUAUUGGAUUGGACGUUAAAGGGUAUCUUGAACUUAAUGCUUUGGAGUUUCGUGCCAUGUUUGCAAAGCUCAUCUGAGCGAUGUCAGUGAUUGCUUCUUAUUGGCUUAGCGUUUCAUUUGACUCUUUUUUCUUAAUCGAAUAAACCGCGGCUGUUUUUUCCGUCAUUUUAAUUCCGAUAUGCGUUUACAUAUUUGUCGGAUAAAUGCACUGUCAAUGACUUUAGUGUUGAUGUCAAAAUAAGAAUUAACAUACUGACAGACCAUUUUGUCGUUGCUCGCUCGAUUAUCGGUAAACAAAUGCACAAUAUUAGUGUAAGAUUCACCACAAACACGUCGAAGAAUAAAAAAUAAACAAUAUUGCCCACACACGGUAGAAUAUUCAGAUUGAAAUUGUUCGGAUUGCUCUAUAAUCCGAUUCGCUGACAUUAUGCUCGCAAAAUUCUUGGUAUACGAAUCCAGUUUCCUCCCAAAUGAAUCAAACACUUCCAGUACUCCAUCUUGUUCUUGGUAAAGAGCGAUCCAGUGUGAUCCGUCUUGGUCCGCUGGAUCAGUGUUCACCACCGCCGCACCAGGGUAGGGCGAAAGUGUAUUUUUCACUUUGUCGCUGGCAUACACUCCACGCAGCACUGUUUUCGUCGAUGAGUUCGACUGUAGGGCACUGAAAAUCUGGUCCGUGUUCAUGUUGAAAAAUCCGCAAUCAACUGGCGAUGCUGGUUAAUUUCGAUAAUGCUGUCGUACACCAACAUGGCGACCAU